AUGGCCACAACGAGCAAACAGUAUAAGGGGAUCGGGGAGGAUUUGUGGAAAGGCCGUUCAGAAAAAGUGAAUGCAGAGCUUUUCGCGUUAACAUACGGUGCACUGGUCGUGCAGCUGAUACAAGACUAUGAAGACUACGGCGAGGUGAACAAGCAGCUGGAGAAGAUGGGGUACAACAUUGGUACGCGGUUGAUAGAAGAUUUCCUGGCGAAGAGUAGUCUGGGCCGAUGCUCAGACUUUCGAGAGGUCGGAGAGGUCGUUGCAAAGGUCGGCUUCAAGUCGUUCCUCAACAUUUCACCAUCCGUCACACAUGGCACUGCUGCCCCUCCAUUGUCGCCGGGGCGUCCGAAUAGCGUGGGCUCAGUACCGGGAUCGUAUUUCACAUUAGCUCUCGACGAGAACCCUCUGGCGGAGUUCGUUGAGCUCCCAGAACAAGUCCUCGAGGGAGGUCUCUGGUUCAGCAAUGUGCUGUGUGGGGUUAUUCGAGGAGCGUUAGAAAUGGUGCAGAUGCAAGUACAGGCCGAAUUUAUAUCUGACAUACUACGGGGUGACGAGACAACAGAGAUUCGGGUGAAGCUAAUAAAAUAUUUAGAAGAAGAGGUUCCCGUUGGCGAUGAUUAG